ACAUUUAAUUGGGUUGUUUACCGCUGCUUACAUCAUUACCUGCCUUUAAUAACCCAGUAAAGUCAAAUUCCCUGGUGGUGGUCCUGAAAGUUGUCUCAAUUGUAUGAGGACAAGCCAUUACACCGUAAAUGAGGCAAUAUUAAUGUGAGACUUUCAAAUGUUUCCGUUUGGCUUGGAACUGGAGGAUAAUAACUUAAUUGAGCCAUUGCACGCAUGGGAGACUUCAUUUAAAAGUUGAGAAACUGUCAUCGUCUGUGCUCCCGUCUAAUCCCUGGUGCAUAUAUAAGUCGAAGGAGAGCAGCCAUUAUUCAACAGUCUUGACUUCAUAAUGGUUCGUUACGUGCCCCGGUUCGCUGAUGGUCAGAAAGUUAAGUUGGCUUGGCCCUUGGCGAUUUUUCGGUUAAAUCACAUCUUCUGGCCAUUGGAUCCGAGCACAGGACAAUGGGCCCGAUAUCUGGACAAGGUGCUUGCUGUUGGGAUGACAUUGGUUUUUAUGCUGAACAACGAUGCAGAGCUUAGGUACUUGCGCUUCCAGGCAAGAAAUCGGAAUUUGGACGCCUUCCUCUCAGGCAUGCCAACGUAUUUAAUCCUAGUGGAGGCCCAAUUCAGGAGUCUUCAUAUUCUAAUGCACCUCGAAAAGCUCCAGAAGUUUUUAGAAAUAUUCUACGCUAAUAUUUAUAUUGAUCCCCGGAAGGAACCUGAAAUGUUCCGAAAAGUGGAUGGCAAAAUGCUGAUAAAUAGAAUGGUUUCGGCCAUGUACGGUGCAGUUAUCUCUCUGUAUCUAAUCUCUCCCGUAUUUUCCAUUAUUAACAAAAGCAAAGACUUUCUAUACUCUAUGAUCUUUCCUUUCAAUUCGGAUCCUUUGUAUCUAUUUGUGCCAUUGCUUUUGUCAAACGUUUGGGUUGGCGUUGUAAUAGAUUCCAUGAUGUUCGGGGAGACUAGUUUGCUGUGUGAAUUAAUUAUCCACUUAAAUGGUAGUUAUCUGUUGCUUAAGAGGGACUUGCAGUUGGCAAUUGAAAAAAUCCUAGUUGCAAGAGAUCGCCCUCAAAUGGCUAAACAGCUGAAGGUACUAAUCAUCAAAACUCUCAAAAAAAAUGUGGCUUUAAAUCAGUUUGGCCAGCAGUUGGAGGGUCAGUAUACUGUACGGGUUUUUAUUAUGUUUGCAUUCGCUGCGGGCCUUUUAUGCGCUCUUUCUUUCAAAGCUUAUACGAAUCCUAUGGCCAAUUACAUCUAUGCGAUUUGGUUCGGUGCUAAAACCGUGGAACUGCUUUCUUUAGGGCAGAUUGGUUCAGACCUGGCGUUUACUACGGAUUCCCUCAGCUCGAUGUACUACCUAACCCACUGGGAGCAAAUCCUGCAGUACUCUACAAAUCCCAGCGAAAAUCUGCGACUACUGAAGCUCAUUAACUUAUCCAUUGAGAUGAACAGCAAACCCUUCUAUGUGACCGGGCUAAAAUAUUUUCGCGUUAGUCUGCAGGCAGUCUUAAAAGUAAGUGAAAAACGAGUGCAAAGCCAAGUGCAUCAAUUGUCCGCUGUUUUACAGAUUCUACAGGCAUCCUUCUCGUACUUCACGUUCCUCACUUCGAUGCAGCGACGACAAAUGAGCAAUUAAAAAAUUCACUUUUUUUUAAUGGCACACUGCCUCGUUCUGCGACUCUAGUCCGCUGAUACAAAUGAUUGCAUAUUAAAAGUCAAUUAUUGGUGAAUUAAUUUUAAUUAAAUUAAAUUGAUAAAAGGAGCUGGCUUACACGCACCAUUGACUUUUCCUUUGCUGUUUUUUCGUAUCUGUGUGUGUGAGAAUGUGUGAGCAUGUGAGAAUGUGACGAUGUGAGUGAGUGGGUGGAGGCGCCAGAAAAUAUGCAAUAAAAUAUUCAUGAUUUCAGUGCAGCAAAAACUUGCAAAAAGUUAAUAAAACUUUUGCCACUGCUGGUGGGUAAUGAAAUUAGAAUAUCGCAAGCAUUCCGAGCGUAAAGAGCCAGAAAAAAAAAUAAAUUUUCA